AUGGCGGCGUGGCUGAGCCGGGUGUCCCUGGGCGACGCCUGGUACAACAUCUGCACCCGCCUGCUGCGAACCAAGCCCGUGGGCGCCAUGGCCCGCGGCUCAGACGACCUCACGGAGCUCGGGGAGGGGUCGGGGGUCGGCCUGGCCAAGGUGCUGACCACCGUGGACCUGGUGUCGCUGGGCGUGGGCAGCUGUGUCGGCACGGGGAUGUAUGUGGUCGCCGGGCUGGUCGCCAAGGCCAUGGCCGGGCCGGGGGUCAUCCUGUCCUUUAUUAUCGCAGCGGUGGCGUCGAUACUGUCAGGUGUGUGCUACGCAGAGUUCGGCGUCCGAGUCCCGAAAACCACGGGCUCCGCCUACACCUACAGCUACGUGACGGUGGGAGAGUUCGUGGCGUUCUUCAUCGGCUGGAACCUGAUCCUGGAGUAUCUGAUCGGCACGGCGGCGGGGGCGUCGGCUCUCAGCAGCAUGUUCGACUCGCUGGCCAAUCACAGCAUCAGCAACUACAUGAUCACACACCUGGGCACGCUCAGAGGCCUCGGUAAAGGAGAGGACACGUACCCAGACCUGCUCGCCCUGUUCAUCGCCCUCCUGGUGACGGCGAUCAUCGCUCUCGGCGUGCGUAACUCGGUGGGCUUCAACAACGUCCUGAACGUGGUCAACCUGGUGGUGUGGGUCUUCAUGAUCAUCGCCGGACUCUUCUUCCUCUCUGCCGGCAACUGGGAGGGCGGCCGGUUCCUGCCGUUCGGCUGGUCGGGGGUGAUGCAAGGCGCCGCCACGUGUUUCUACGCCUUCAUCGGCUUCGACAUCAUCGCGACAACAGGAGAGGAGGCGAAGAACCCGAACACCUCCAUCCCGUACGCCAUCACCGCCUCGCUGGUCACCUGCCUCACCGCCUACGUGUCGGUGAGUGUGAUCCUGACGCUCAUGGUUCCUUACGACCUGAUCGACGGCUCGGCUCCUCUCGUCGAGAUGUUCGCCGUGCACGGUUUCCUGUGGGGGAAGUACACCGUGGCCGUGGGCGCCAUCGCCGGCCUCACCGUCUCGCUGCUGGGAUCUUUGUUCCCGCUGCCCAGGGUCAUCUACGCCAUGGCCCAGGACGGCCUGCUGUUCAGGUGGCUGUCACACGUCUCCGCUCUCACACACACGCCCGCGGCGGCGUGCCUGGUGUCCGGGGUCUUCGCGGCGCUGCUCGCUCUGCUGGUGAGCCUCAGGGACCUGAUUGAGAUGAUGUCCAUCGGCACGCUGCUGGCCUACACGCUGGUCAGCGUGUGUGUUCUCCUGCUGCGCUACCAGCCGGACGACCACGCCGACACGCACACGUUCAGCUCCGGCGAGGACGGCGAGGACCUGAAGCACCAGGACGACGGAGCCACGCCCACUAAAGACGACCAGAUGCUGAUUGAAGACUCGGGCGGAGACGGAUCUUCGUCCUACCACGCUGGCGGGACGGAAGGAGAGGGAGACGAUUCUGAUUUCCACACAGGCCACGCCUCCUGGCUGAAAAGGCUUCUGGGAGGUCACUACUACACGCUGAGGUUGCGGGUUGGAAUGCCUGACGCGUCGGCCCGGCCCACGCCCGCCACCGGCCGCAUAGUGACCAGAUGCACCCUCCUCCUCUUCUUCACGUCCUUCCUCAUGUGGUCCACCGUGAUAUUUGGCGUUGAGCAGGGAACGGGCGCCGGGGCGGUGUUCUCGGGGCUGAUGGCCACAGCGAUGGUGGGUUCCAUGGCGAAGCUUCUGAUUAUGAUCAUACAGCAGCCGGAGAGCCCUCGGAAACUGGCCUACAUGGCGCCCUGCGUGCCCUUCGUCCCGGCCGCCGCCAUUGUGGUCAACAGCUACCUGAUGCUGAAGCUGUCUCCGCUCACCUGGGCCCGGUUCACCGUCUGGUGCAUCAUCGGUCUGCUGAUCUACGGCUGCUACGGAGUGUGGCACAGCUCGCUGGAGCUGAGCGCCCGCGAGCAGCAGGCGCACGCCAGCUCCUACCAGCGCUACGACGACCACCUGGACGACACCUUCUCCCCUGACGACGACCUUUGCCCCCAGGAACAAGACGAGAGACCCUACCAGGGCUGGUCGGCCCCGGAGGAGAGAGGGAACCAGCAGCAGAACCAGUGUGAGGGCCGAGAGGCGGAGCCGUGUGAGGACGGUGGGGAGGAGCAUGGAUACCAGUCUGCACCAGGGCGCCAGCACACAGGCCGAGGGGGCGGGUCCAGGGGACGGACCAAUCAGGGCUUCGAAGCCGGCGAAGAGGACGACUGA